AUGGGAAUCCUACCAACGUCCAACAAGUUCCCAGUCUUGCUGGUCCUGAACCCAUAUUCGGGCAAGAACCAGAGCCGUGAGGUCCUAGAGACGAUCGUUCAGCCAGCACUCAAUAAGGCCGAAAAGCCCUUCAAGGUGAUCGAAAGCGUCGCUCAGAGUCAUACGCAAUCGUACUUUAUCGAUAACAUCAAGCCCAUUAUCACGGACCUAGUCCAAUCGCUCAGCGUGGUCAACGAGUCCGCUCCCGACGCCCCGUCGUUGUCGGUUUCUCGACCAAACUCCGCCACACUGCAGGUAAUGGUCUUGGGAGGCGAUGGCACCGUCCACGAGAUUGUCAAUGGAAUCCUUCGCGGACUUGAGGGCACUGCCUUCGUCUCGGACGAGUUCCGACCCAGGAUCGAGCUCUCAAUCAUUCCAACAGGCACCGGAAACGCGAUCUCGACCAGUUUGGGCGUGACAAGUGCUCAGGACGCUGUGGACCGGUUCCUCGUAGGAAAAUCCGUUCCUCUACGACUCAUGAUGGUCUCGACAAGAGCGCAGCAGAAUUGGAAGAUCCAGGUGUACACAGUUGUCGUCAACAGCUUUGGUCUCCAUUGCGCGACCGUGUACGACUCUGACGAGUUCCGGCAUCUGGGCAACGACCGCUUUCGGCAAGCCGCCAUGAAAAACAUUGAGAACCUGCGGCAGUACGAAGGCCAAUUAGUGCUCUAUAGCCCUGUUCGAAGGUACAGUCGGACGUCGCGAUCGUUCAGUCCUGCUGCCCACGAUAGCAGCAGUGCUAACGGCGGCAUUACGAUAUCGCUGCCAGGACCGUUCACAUACCUGUUGAUCACCAAGCAGGCUUCGCUCGAGCCAGGAUUCACUCCUACGCCGCUCGCUAGCACUUCGGACGACUGGAUGGAUGUACUGGCGGUCCAGAAUGUUGGGCAGGCCGAGAUUCUGCAAAUGUUUGGUGCAACGUCGGAUGGGAAGCACAUCGAGCAGGAGAAGAUCGAGUACUUUAAAACAAAGGCCAUCGAGCUGGAGACGCCUACGAAGGGUCGGUUGUGCGUCGAUGGCGAGUUUUUGACGAUCGAGGGUGGCCCUGAAGGAAGGGUGCGGUUCGAGAUUGUGUCUGACCCGGAUACCCAGCUCUUUAGUGUCUAUGUCUGA